CGCCGGCAGAGGACCGGCGGGCUGCUGACACGCGCAGGAGGCCGAGGCCCUCAGAGGAGCGUCGCGGUCGCGGGUCGCCCAGCUGGUGCGUCCCUGCCCUCUCGAGGUUCCAGAGUCGGUGCAGCGCGGGUGGCCACGGCCAUGGCGCCCACGGCAAGGAAGAGCUUGGGGAGAGCUGCCAAGGCCCCGGUGGAGGCUCCGGACCUGUCCGUCUAUGACUUCGACUGCCCAGCAAGCAGUUCGGGAGUUGAUGACAGUUGGGAGGAGAGUUCUUUGACAGAAGGACACGAGCAAGACCUGAGGAAUGAACUACAGAAUAUGUUGGCAAAGUUUCAAGGGGACAUCAAGAAGCUUCUUCAGGCAAAGAGGAAAAGCUUCAAAAUGAGCAUCAGUGCUUCGGUCAAAACCAUUAAGCAGAAGAUUGAGCAUGUUCUGAAAAAACAGCACCAGCAAAGGGAGGAGCUUUAUGAAGAAUAUUCUCAGCAGUUUGCGACUUUGGUUCAGAUGUGGAAUCUAGAUGUGAAGAAAGUCAAGGAACAAGGAGAAAAAUUAGCUAGUAUCUUCCAGCAACAACAAAAGGCUUUCCAACAAUGUCAACUUGUUCAGAGCCAGAAAAUGAAAGCCUUUAGAGAGUUAUGUGAGCAGUUCUUGGAGAGUCUGCAGGACCUAGAGGAGAAUCAGGGAAACGUUCUUGCUGGUAAACAAAGUGAACUUAGAAAACAGAUGGCCAUCUUGCAAACGAAACUUAUGAUGGAAUCGCAGCAGGAGGUGAAGACCAGUGCUCGAAAAUCUCUUCUAUCCCUGUUAUUCUCGUGAUGCCUUGAAGAAAGCAGCUCAACCCAAGUGAUACGAUACAGUCUUAAAAUUAUCUGCAUGAGCCCGGCGUGGCUUGGAAG